AUGGCCCUUGUAGCACAUUUUGACCUCCACUUGCACCAGAUGGACGUCAAGACAGCUUUCCUAAAUGGAGAUUUGGAAGAAGACAUAUACAUGGUGCAACCUGAAGGUUUUGUUCAAGAAGGGGGAAAGGACUUGGUCUGCAAGCUAAACAAGUCAAUCUAUGGAUUAAAGCAAGCCUCUAGACAGUGGUACCUAAAGUUCAACAAGGUAGUGAAAGACUUUGGUUUUGUUGAAAAUGUUUUAGAUGAAUGCAUAUACAUGAAGAUGAGUGGGAGACAUUUCAUUUUACUAGUUUUGUAUGUAGAUGAAAUUUUACUAGCCUGCACAAAUCUCACCAUGUUACAUGACUGCAAGAAUUUCCUAUCUAAGAACUUUGAAAUGACUGAUCUAGCUGAGGCAUCUUAUGUUUUAGGCAUUGAUAUAAGCAGAGAUCGAAAGAAUGGGGUACUUGGACUAUCACAAAAAUCCUACAUAGAAAAGGUGCUCAAGAGAUUCAAUAUGCAAAACUGCACAGGAAGUGAUAUUCCUAUUGCAAAAGGGGAUAAGCUAAGCACUGAACAAGCACCUAAGACUGAGCAAGAAAAGCUGGAAAUGGUUGACAAACCAUAUGCUUCACUAGUUGGAAGCCUAAUGUAUGCGCAGGUUUGUACCAGACCUGACUUGGCUUUUGCAGUCAGUGUGCUAGGAAGAUUUCAGUCCAAUCCUGGACAAGCUCACUGGAUUGCAGGGAAAAGAGUGUUAAGAUACUUGCAAAGAACAAAAGAUUACAAACUAACAUUCAAAAGAAGUGGCACGCUGGAAUUACAAGGUUAUGCAGAUGCUGAUUUUGCAGGAUGUCAAGACUCCAUGAAAUCAACAUCAGGUUUUGUAUUCAUGUUUGGAGGAGGUGCAGUGUCGUGGAGAAGUGUAAAACAACCUUUGACAGCAGGUUCAACUAUGUUUGCAGAGUUUCUAGCAUGCUAUGAGGCCACCUCUCAAGCCAUAUGGUUAAGAAAUUUCAUUAUCAGUUUGAAUGUGGUUGAAUCGAUACACAGACCAAUUCAAAUAUGGAAUGACAACAGCGCAGCUGUUUUGUUUGCAAAAGGAAACAAAAGGACAAAGGGUUCAAGACUAUUGGAUGUCAAGUUCAUAAUAGUGAAGGAGAAAAUUGCUCAAGGCUAUACUAAUAUAAGUCAUAUCAGUACAGACAAAAUGAUAGCAGACCCUCUCACAAAAGGAGUCCCAAAUGCAGUGUUCCAUAGGCAUGUUAUGAGCAUGGGAUUAAGGAAUGAUUUGAAUGCUUAA